AUUUGUUGAGUUUCAAUCCCCGUUUACACUCAGUUCUCCAUCUACAAUCUUUCUAAACUUCUACAAUUUUACGGCACAGCUUGACAUCAACAACUCUACCACACCUCUCCAACCCCACCGACAUCGACCUUUUUACUUCUCGAUCGAAACUCCUUACCGCCCGGGCCUGCCUACCAUUCACCUAGUUCCCUGCAGCAGAAAACAAUUCCGCAAGCAAACACGAUGCCUUCAGCCGCCUUCACCAAAGCUGCAGAGGAUAGCCGCAAGCUCAAGGCGAAGCCGAGCAACGACGAACUGCUUGAGCUCUAUGCCCUAUUCAAGGUUGCCAAUGGCGAAGACAUCUCUAAGGCACCAGCACCUGGAAUGUUCGAUUUGAAGGGCAAGGCAAAGCACAAGGCGUGGCAAAAGGAAGUCGAUGCCGGCACGUCCGCCUCCGAUGCAGAAAAGAAGUACGUCGACUUGGUAGAGAAGCUCAAGGGACAAUAUGGAUUCGACGAAAACAAGGCCCCAGAGGCCGUCGGGUCAAACUAAGUAAAGAAGUCCAAGCAUGAUGCUGGGAGACCAAGAACAUGAACGAGAUGCAACGAAACAUUGUGGCCUGGCAUAAAGAAAAUGAACUUGCCAUGGCAGAUUUUCACACAUACAUAGCGAUGCUUCAAUCAAAGCGUGUUACGUCGUUCUG